AUGCGAACAUCACGAGUUUCCCGAGACGCGUCCCGCGUUGUCGCAGCGAGUCGCACGCAACGAGCGUUACGUCAGACACGAAGCGCAACCAAUGCGCCAGCUCCAGUCAAACGCGAACUAGGUAGCGACGAGAAUGCUGGAUCAGAUUCAGACCUCAGCUCUGCGCCAGCGGACUCCGCGUCGGAUGGUGAGACGCGACGAAUGCCUAUGAAGAGGAAAAGAGGCCAGGAUAUGCCCAUCCUUGUAAAGAAGGAGGUAGAGGAGACAUCAAUUACCGCAAUCGCAUCCCCGAAGAAAGUCGCCAAGGUCAAGAAAGCGCGUCGUGCGCCUGCGAAGAAGAUAAAGACCAGCGAUGGAACUGUCACGAUGGAGCCACCUGCGAAUUGGGAGGAGAUAUAUACCCUGACGAGAGAGAUGCGGAACGAGAACCUCGCACCGGUGGACACUAUGGGUUGCGAGAGCCUGGCGAAGGACAUCAGAUCGCCUCGCGAUCGAAGGUUUCAGACGCUCAUAGCUUUGAUGCUGAGCAGCCAGACCAAAGACACUGUCUUAGCGCCUGUCAUGCGAGGCAUGCAGGAGAGGAUGCCUGGGGGCUUCAACCUCGAAUCGGUCCUCGCCUUAGAACCCCCCGAACUGAACGCGUUCAUCAACAAAGUCGGCUUCCACAACCUCAAGACCAAGUACAUUAAGCAAACGGCCGAGAUAUUGAGAGACAAAUUCGACGGCGAAAUUCCAGACACUAUCGAAGGGCUGGUGUCGCUACCGGGUGUUGGACCUAAGAUGGGGUACCUGACGAUGAGCGCAGCUUGGGGCAAAACCGAGGGUAUUGGUGUCGAUGUCCACGUCCACCGCAUAACCAACCUAUGGGGCUGGCACAAGACGCAGCAGCCAGAACAGACGCGUGCAGCGCUCGAGUCAUGGCUACCGAGAGACAAGUGGGAUGACAUUAAUAACCUGCUCGUGGGCUUUGGGCAGACGAUUUGCCUGCCUGUGGGCAGGAAGUGUGGCGAUUGCAAGUUGGCGGAGAGAGGUCUCUGUCCUUCAGCAGUCGUAGCUAAGAGCACGAAAGUCAAGAAAGAAGCUGUUGUGAAAGUAGAAGCUCCCAAUGGCAGCGAAGGGGCGGUGGCGAAAGAAGAGAAGGUGGUGGCUGAAGUCGAUGAGAUCAAAGCAGAAGAUGUGGAAGUUGCGAUAGACAUAGAAGAUAUUGGGCAGGCGCCACGAAGAAGGCUGCAGAGGAAGAAGUAUGUGGUAGCCAGCACCAUGCCAUCUCGACCAGAAUACGAGGCGCCUACUCGGAGUCAGUCACAACGUGAGGGCCGUUGCACUGCAUCCGAAUCAACAAACUCUGACCCUGCAUACGUCCCCAUUCUCCAGCGCGCCUUUCCGCGCGUCGCGAUUCUACUGACAUGCGCCAUCUACCUUGCAUCAUCAUUCGCAGCUGUCUACGUCGGAUUCCACGGCAUCGCGAACAUGAUAUACCCUCGACAUAAACAAGCGGUAGACGAGUACUUGGUGCUUUCAACAUCCAAGUACACAGAGGAUGCACUAUACAAGAAUCUGGACACACUUCUCUCUAGCCAAUUAAACCGCGGCUUCAUGGAGACUCAUGAAGACUGUCUUGUCCGCGGUCUAAAGGAGGCCAACUACGAACUCUACGGCCUCGGCUUCCAGUACCCCGACAUGCGCACGCAGGUCAUGGACUGGACAAUGGAGAACUGUGGUAGACUGCAGUACACGCCACAAGUGGUGAUACAGGAUCCAACCCCACAGCAGGCUGUGCUGACAUUCUGGGCGGAUGCCAGCUAUCGCUCUCGCCGUAUACUUGAGGGAGCUCUGGGUGCCGUGCAGCAGCAGGCUCGUCGUUUCUGGAACCGACUUUCCAGCGCGAUCAUGCAUAAGAAACCAUCUCCCAUCACCGAAAACGUUCCUGUUAGCGCCAACACUGGCGGAACGCUUCCUCCGAGUCGAGCCCUGCCCAAAGUACCGUUCGGCUUCGCUCUACGCUGCGAGUCCACCGAACCAUGCCGUCUAGUCUACCCAUCCGGCUCUUCUAAGCGUGCAAAUAAAGUCGGCGUCUCACGCGAGGUCCUCGUGAAGCUCAAACGCGAGAUCAAAGAAAUGCGGGACGCCAGCCGCCAGGUCAAAAAAGCUAAAUGGGCUACGGAGCAGGUUGUGAUCUUUUUCGACUACAUCCACGCCUCUAUUUUGGUGGUCAUGUUUGCGAUCAUCUUCAGUGUGGCACCGUUCGUCAUACGCAAGGCCGUUCGCCCUCCUCCCCCUUCCCGCAAGACGGAACAGAUCAAAAUCAUGCCCGCAUCCCUGCAUUUUUGUUUUGUAGGAAGACUGAUAGAAGAGCUGUUGUUUGAUUAUCCAAUACAGCUCCCGUACGGCGCCCGGUGGGUAACGCCCUUCCAGCUCUACUUCCUGUUCGUUGGUAACACGAUGCUUCUUCAAUUCUUCAUCAUUAGCGGACCGCGGUUCGAGAAUAUCAACCUCGUAUACAAGCAGAUCAAAGAGCUCUACUUCAUCGCCCGAGGGUGGGAGGUACCUGACGGAGCGAUGGACAGCAUGUUGACUUGGUACGGAAUUCACAUUCAGCCGGCGGACCCCAAGCCCAAGCCUACGGAGGUUUCUGGCGGAACGAUGGAUAACAUACUCGCUUGGAACGGAAUUCGCUUUGAAGCGGUGGACUCCAAAUUCAAGCUUCCGGAGGUACCUAGCGGAGUGAUUGACAAAAUGUUCUAUCAGUGCGGAAUUCAAUUUCAAUACGCGGACCCCAAACCCAAGCCGACGGAGGAACCAGCCACGGUCAAAGUAACCAUGUCUUCCCCAUCUGAUAACCGCCCACAGCACGCGCAGUCACACCCAUCGCACCAGGGUCUGGCCGCUCCGGGCAGUUCACCCCAAGAAGGUCCCGAGGCGCACUUCAAGAAGGUCCAAGAAGGUGCUGAGGCGCACUUCAAGAAGGUUCGAGAAGCGUCAAAAUCUCAGCCGGCCGAGUAUAUCGAUGUUCCCGAUAUCGGAUCCCUCGUCGAUACUGACAGCGAGACCGAGUCUGAGGACGAGCAUGGUAGCUUCGUCGAUCUGGCCUGUGGCGUUACGCCUCAAGUCAGCGAUGUGGAAUCUGGCUGGUCUAUUGUGGAUGCUUAG